GGGAAGCUGUGAAAGUAGAAGAGUCUUCCCUUUUCACUGUAUCACACGUAAUCCUGAGACUGGCUUCAAGAUGAUCGUUCUGCUUGUGUUGGCGAUGCUGACAGCAUGUGCUGCAGUUAUUGAAGAUUUGUCGGGUCGAAUGUUCACUUUCCCACAGCAAAGCAACACUGCUCAUGUGAAGCUGAACGUAACACAACAGGAAUUAAGUGUUGUAACUGUCUGUCACAGGUCCUUUACUGACCUCAAAAGAAGCCACGCCCUCUUCUCUCUGGCCACAUCCUCCAACAGCAAUGACUUCCUGAUUUUUUGGGAUGAAGCAACUAAGGAGAUGAUGCCCCACAUCAGGGACUUAAGGGUAGAAUAUAGAGGGUUCGACUACAAGCCGAACAGAUGGCACUCCAUUUGUACCACAUGGGACUCUAAGUCUGGACUGGUGCAGGUGUGGUUUGAUGGAAUACCCUCGAUUAGGAAGUUCAUCAGCUCUGGGUCCAACAUCAGAGGAACCAUGAUGAUUAUUUUAGGACAGGAGCAGGAUUCCCACGGUGGGGGAUUUGACAUUAAACAGUCUUUCGUUGGCAUGAUGUCGGACGUCCACAUGUGGAACUACGUCCUUUCCUCCUGCAAGAUCAAGAACUACGUGGAUGAAUACCAAUUCACUCCAGGGAAUCUGAUCAACUGGCAUGCACUGGACUUCCAGAUUGUAGACAAGGUGUUGAUUGAGGAUAAAUGGAAUUCAUGUAACUGAACUUUUACAUACGUUCAGAGAAAAAGUCAAAUUGUAGAAUUUACAGGCAUUAAAUUUAGAUUAAAUCUUAAUUUAUUUACAUUUAGAUUGAAUCUAAAUUUACUGUGUCGUUAAGCACAAAAACAUUAAAGCCACAGGCAGUUUUUUUAGUUUAUUCCAACUUCUAUCUGUUAACCUGGAGGAGGCAGGAUUUAUGACUAGUGGGAAUUGAAAAACUUUACAUGUUAGUCAUAACUAGUUUACAUUGCAAUAAUAUCCAGCCUGUGGGUCUGUCGUUUAUUUUGAAGGUCCACUGCUCCCUGUUGGCCAAAGAUAUAUAAAUUGGUAUUUACAUGAGCUGAAUUGAACUUUGUGUCUUAUUUUUCUGGACAUUGAAAUAAACAAUAUCCUUAUUCAAUUGGU